CAUGACCACCCAGCAGCUCGUCCUCCAGGGCCCGGGCCCGUGGGGCUUCUGUUUCAUGGGUGUCAAGGACUUCGAGCAGCCUCUCACCAUUUCCCGGGUCACUCCUGGAAGCAAGGUGGCUCUAGCUAAUUUAUGUAUCAGAGAUGUAAUCACAGCCAUUGAUGGGGAAAAUUCUAGCAAUAUGACACAUUUGGAAGCUCAGAACACAAUCAAAGGCUGCAAAGACAACAUGACUCUCACUGUAGCCAGAUCCGAACAUAAAGUCUGGUCUCCUCUGGUGACGGAGGAAGAGAAGUGUCGUCCAUACGAGAUGAAUUUAGCCUCUGAACCCCAGGAGGUCCUGCACAUAGGAAGGGCCCACAACCAAAGUUCCAUGCCCUUUACCACCUCGCCUGCCUCCAGCACUAACGCCAGGGUCAUCACAAACCAGUACAACCACCCAGCUGGCCUCUACUCUUCUGAAAAUAUCUCCAACUUCAACAACGCCCUGGAGUCAAAGACUGCUGCCAGUGGGGUGGAGGCGAACGGCAGACGGUUAGACCAUGCUCAGCCUCCAACCAGCCUUGUCAUCGACAAAGAAUCUGAAGUUUGCAGGAUGCUUCAGGAGAAACGGGAGUUGAAUGAGCCCCCAAAACAGUCCGUGUCUUUUCUGGUUUUGCAGGAAAUCCUGGAGUCUGAAGAAAAAAAGGAUCCCAACAAGCCCUCAGGAUUCAGAAGCGUUAAAGCUCCCAUCACUAAAGUGGCUGCAUUGAUUGGAAAUGCUCAGAAGUUUCCCACGUGUGACAAAUGUGGCCCUGGAAUUGUUGGUGUGUUCGUGAAGCUGCGGGACCAUCACCGCCACCCCGAGUGUUACGUGCACACUGACUGUGGAACAGAGGUGCCAUUUCUUUGUGGAGGAUCAAAUCUACUGUGAGAAGCAUGCCUGGGAAUGAGUCGCACCACCCGAGGGCUACGAAGUGGUCACCGUGUUCCCCAAGUGACCCGGCAGAUCUGACCACUGUUCUCCAGCCAGCCUGUGCUGCAGCUUUUUCUCUGAGUGUCCUGGCCCUCUCCUCUCUUGAAAGUUCUCUGCUUACUUUGGUUUUCCCACUGCUCGUAAAACAUUGAGUCCCCUGCCUUGGUUAAUUGACUCACACCAGCUGUGUGAUGCUCGUUUUUACAAUUAAAGAAAAACGGUUUUGUU